AUGUGGCGGGACCGGACCAACCUCUACAUAUCCUACCGCCAGUCGUUCGCGCAUCAUCCAGCCAAGAAGCCACGUUAUCUCGGAGCUUCCAAUGGCUUCUCCGAUAGCCUGUCGCAGCCUGAAGAAAGCCGGCGACUCAUUUCAGAAACCGGCGGUCUCGACGACGAUGGCGAUGCAAUUAUCGAGAUGGACGUUUUACCCCCGCGCUGGGUUGACGUACAGGAGGAAGUGACGGAGCUACUUGCGGACAUUGCGCAGAAGUCCUCCCACCUCGAUAAGCUACACCAGAAACACCUUCUACCCGGAUUCGGAGACGAGGACGUACGAAAGCAAGAUGAGUUAGUUAUAGAAAGGCUCACACAGGAUAUCACGCGCUCCUUUCAUGAAUGCCAGAAAGCGGUUAAGAAGAUUGAGACAAUGGUACGGGAAGCCCAACGACAGGGUGGAGUUAGCAGCGGCGAUGAAACUAUGGCCAAGAACCUGCAGAUAUCUCUUGCUGCUAGGGUGCAAGAGGCUAGUGCUCGGUUCCGGAAGAAACAGAGUACAUAUCUGAAGAAGUUACGAGGACUGGAGGGUGGAUCAGCGCCGUUUGAACGUUCCCCGACACCGAUGCAGAACCCAUACACAGACCCGUCGCUAAUGGAAUCCGAUGCGGACAAGUCGUUCUCGCAAUCCACGCUGAUGCAGACGUCGCAACGACUGACGGGCCAGAACGAUGCCGCCAUUGAACAGCGGGAACGGGAAAUAAACGACAUCGCGAAAGGUAUCAUUGAGCUGUCGGAUAUUUUCCGGGAGCUGCAGUCUAUGGUUAUCGAUCAGGGUACCAUGCUGGAUCGGAUUGACUAUAAUAUCGAGCGGAUGGGCACGGAGGUCAAGGCCGCGGAUAAAGAGCUGAAAGUGGCUACAAACUACCAACGACGUACAGUGAAGCGCAAGAUCAUGCUCCUGCUGGUGAUCAUAGUCGCAGGCCUGUUUAUUGUCCUACUAGUCAAGCCGAAGAAACACAGUUCCCCGGAUCCCGCUCCGGCACCGGCGCCGCCACCUCCCCCGCAAACUAAUGAACAGCCGCCCGCAAUGACUCCUCGUGCCUUCCAUACCAUAUACCGCCGCAGAAGGAGUCCCUCUUCAUUACGGAUUGCGAGAAACAAAUGGGGUGACCCGGAUAUAUUUCGAUAG